AUGUCGUUACCAUUUGCAAACGUCUACCAUCUACGAACGGUGGCCGAAGCUUCGUCAAAAGCCUGUUUUGUCUGCUACAAACCAAGCGUCAAAGUCCUCAUAACACCAGAUAACAAGGACUUUUUCUACAUCUGCCCGUCUCACCUCUCUGACAGGGGCUUUGCCUCGCCUGUUGUUGAUGCUGAAGCGGAGGCUGCAAAGAAAAAGAAAGAAUGGAGGGAGAAGGAGAUAGAAAAGGUGAAGCAAGAGUACGAGGAAAAGCAAAAGAAGAAGAAAGCGAAGAAAAAGUCCAAAGAUGACAAGGACAAGAAAAAGGAUAACGACGACGACGACGACGACGACGAUAAGGCCGAGAAAGAAAGGGACGAGAAGAUCAAAGCUCUCCAGGCGGGUGAAGGUCUGGGUAGCAAAGCGGAGGACCUGCCCCGUGUGUAUGCGUUGCAGAAAAACUUUUUCCAAAUGAGAAUUGACCGACAACGGAAUAUGGAGAUCGCAAAGCGGAAUCAGCAGCGUAUCAGAGACCCAAACUUCUUCCCGGCACCGCCGCGAGGCGACGUCGCUUGA